AUGCACGAGCGACUUCUCACUGUCUUGCUAGCCGCCAUUCCGCUGCUUGGUUUUCUUAUUUUCAACAAGUUCAAGAACUAUCCAUUCAAGCCAUUUGUGGGCUUCCCACAGCCAGGAAAACCCUCAUGGAAGACCGGUCAUUGGAAAUGGCUUGAGGAGUCUGUUGGUGCGGGAGAUCCGAGGCGAUCGUUCGAUUUGGUGCUACUGGAACAGGUUGCGAAAUAUGGAAGCCCGCCGGUCUUCUUGGUCGACCUCCGUCCCAGAGAGCCUCCAUUACUGUUCAUUACGGACCACGAUGUCGCGGACCAGAUCACAAGAGCUACAAAGAAGUUCAGCACGAGCAUUCCAAAGACGCCGAAUAUGAAGAACCUGAGCCCUUUGGUUGGAGAGCGCUCUCUUGUUAACUUGGACGGUGAUGAAUGGAAAGAUCUGCGAAAGAGGAUCAUCCCUGGUUUUGCUCCACAUCAUCUACUGACCCUCCUACCGGCUAUGGUCGAGAAGACCCAGUUUUUCUUGGACUACCUAGAAGGAUACGCAAAAUCUGGCGAGGAAUUCAGUCUGGGUGACCACUGUACCAACUUAGCUUUCGAUGUGAUCGGAAUCGUCACAUUCGACCAGGACCUCAAUGCUCAAAUUCCUGGCAAGGAAAGCCCUGUGUUGACAGCAUAUCGGGAGUGUCAGCUUGCUUUCAUCACCGCACGGCCGUCCAAGCUUCCCUUACCGAAAUGGUGGGUCGGACGGCAUAUUCGAAGACUUUCAAACAAGCUGGACGACGUUCUCAAAGAUGUGAUUCGGCAAGGGUACAGUAGAGUGCUAGCUGGCGACGUGAACUCACGUAGUGUGAUGGCGCUGAGUCUCCAAGGCAUUGACAAGCUCACUCCACAAAUACUACAGCAAACCAGCGACACGAUUCGUGGUUUCCUAUUUGCUGGCCAUGAUACUACGAGUAUUCUCAUGCAAUGGGCCUUCUAUGAACUGUCCAGGCGACCUGCCUCUCAGAAGGCUCUGCGGGACGAACUUGACGAGGUGCUUGGCCCUGACCCCAGCCCAAGUGCUGUCAGCGAUAAAUUACUGGGGCCCGAAGCAGGGAAGCUUGUGGCUCGUCUGACGUACACCAAUGCAGUUAUCAAAGAAACCCUCCGCCUCUACCCGCCAGGCGGGACAGCAAGAGUCUCCCCCCAAGGCUCUGGAACCACUCUCGCCUUACCUGACGGCACCCAACUCCCCGUCGACGGCCUCACGCUGUCGCCUGUGGCCAAGAUCAUCCAGCGCGACCCCAAGAUCUUUGGCGAGACCAAGGACGACUUCGUACCCGAACGAUGGAUUGGACCCGAGGCGGCCAGCAUCCCGGAGAGCGCGUGGAGGCCAUACGAGCGCGGGCCCAGGAGAUGCACAGGGGCCGAGCUCGCCAACAUGGAGGCGCUCGUCGUACUGGCCUGUGUUGCUAGGCAGUACGACUUCGUCAAGAUCGGCCUGGGCGAGUUCGAGCUGGACGAGAAGGAGAAACCUAUUUUGGAUGACAAGGGGUAUUAUAAGACCAAGUCUACGCUUUUCACUACCUCUCACGUCACUGCCAAGCCUGUCGAUAGUUGUAAGAUGAAGGUAAAGCUGAGUGAGCGAGCCCAAGGGCGAACGUGA